CAAUUGCUUUCUAUCAUUAAACACAUGUGUGCUACCCGUGUACUUUAAUUUUGUGAGUUCCUAAUAUCAUUACUUUUCUAUCGGCUGAAUGAGUAUUUCAAAGGUGGAAAAAAUAACUGUGCAUAUAACCAGUCUACCUACCUUUCAGUCUCUUUUGUUCCGGUUUAUUUUUCAACCAUAUAUAGAACUUACAUUUUUAAAAAUUCAACUCAAAUUAGCAUUUUUCAACUGGAACGGUUUCAUUCAUUCCUGAGGUACUUUUGAAACUUUCAGUAGGGGGCAUCAUCGAUGAGUUCCUAGCACUUAUUUCCAACAGUUUUCUCCUUCAGUAGCAAUCGUGAACUCCAGCUAGAGCUAAAACCCUCCAAGUUUCAGAGGUGAUGCUAGCAAGCACAGAGUAGGCUGUGUCACUGAAAGCUAUCUAUACAAUACUAUACUCAAGUAACCAUAUAUUGCUUCAUUAAAGGAACAUGGCAUUAAUUGGUUUCAUUCAGAGAUUAAAUUUUUGCUUUCUUCAGGAAAGCACAUUUCUAUCUUUUUCCUCCCUGAGCUCCUUGCUAUGUGUUGUUGGUGGAAUAUUUUGAGAACCUGGGAGAGGUCAGCUUUAGGAGUAUGAGUGUCCUUUUCUCAAAACAGCACGUUUGUAUUGUGCACCACUUACUGAAUUGUUGUCACUUGUAAGAAACUUGGACUAAACUAUGAAUUUAUAUAAUAUAUUCCUUAAUGUGUUCCAUCUCCCGACUAAUCCAGUUUCAUAAUCCAAGGAUAUCCUCUGAAACAUUCUGUGGACAUUUUCUCCUAAGCAAGGCCAAGUGGUAAAGGGAUGUGUUAAACUUAAUAAUGUGAUACUCCUGAGAUGCUUACCAAGGACUUUAAAACAAACACUAACAUCAUAGUGAGCCAUAAAAACACUAGUGACAAAAUAUACCAGUAACCACAUAAUAAAUGUGUCUCUGAGAGAAAUCUGAUGUGAAUGAAACUUAAGUGGUAUUCAUCAAACUGUGAAAACCUGUGAAGACACAUGGUGGCGCUGCAGGAUAAUGUUACAAGAAAAAAAAAUUACAAUAAAUGCAGCAGACACAGCCCAAGUGAGCACAGAAAAACAACCCAGGAGGGUGCUACGUAGAAACCAUUUAUCCUUCGGAUUCUGGGGAUUCUGUGGAAAAAUCAAGGGGCACAUUUUGCAGAAGAGUGUGGUGGAGCAGAAGUGAUUCUGCCAGAAGCCUUCAGGAAAGGAACUAUGGAGAACCGAGGGGAACACUAUCUGCAGACAAGGCAAGUCUUGCUUCUCUUUGUUUUCCUAGGAAUGUCUCGAGCACACUCUGUGGCCAGGAGACUUUCAGUGGUGGAGGAAAUGCCGAGUGGGGCCUUGGUAGGGAAUUUGGAAAAGGACCUGGGGCUUGAGGUGGGUGAGCUGUCUGCACGAGGGGCUCAAGUGGCCUCUAAUAAUAAUAAACUGCCUUUGCAAUUGAACAUAAAUACAGGAGAUUUGCUCCUAAGUGAACCACUAGACCGUGAGGAGCUGUGUGGCUCCAUUGAGCCCUGUGUGCUCCAUUUCCAGGUGUUACUGAAAAACCCCUUAAAGAUUUUGCAAGUUGAGCUUCAGGUCAUGGAUGUAAAUGACAACUCCCCUGUAUUCUUGGAAAAGGAAAUGGUUUUAGAAAUCCCAGAAAACAGUCCUGUUGGUGCUGUGUUCUUACUAGAAAGUGCAACUGAUUUAGAUGUAGGAAUCAAUACUGUUAAAAGCUACAUGAUAAGCCAGAGCUCUCAUUUCCACGUUACAAUGAGAGUUAAUCCCGACGGCAGGAAAUACCCAGAGUUAGUUCUGGACAAAGUGCUGGAUUAUGAGGAGCAGCCUGAGCUUAGUCUCAUCCUCACUGCUUUGGAUGGAGGGACUCCAUCCAGGUCUGGGACUGCAUUGGUUCGAGUGGAAGUCAUAGAUGCCAAUGACAACUCCCCUGAAUUUGACCAAAUGUUCUAUGAAGUGAGGAUUCCAGAGAAUAGCAGGCUUGGUUCACUGAUUAUCACUGCAUCGGCUUCGGACUUAGACUCGGGAACUAAUGGUGAACUCUCAUAUGCCUUUUCCCAUGCAUCAGAGGAUAUUCGAAAAACAUUUGCAAUUAAUAAAAAUUCUGGAGAAAUAAGUUUAAUAGGCUAUUUGGACUUUGAAACGACUGAAUCCUACUCAAUAAUCAUUAAAGCUACUGAUCGGGGAGGACUUUUUGGGAAAUCUACAGUAAGAAUUCAGGUGAUGGAUGUGAACGACAAUUUUCCUGAAAUUGCUGUGUCAUCAUUUGUCAGUCCAAUCCCAGAAAAUGCUGUAGAGACUUUAGUUAUGAUUUUUAGUAUUCAAGACAAGGACUCAGGAGAGAACAGCAAGAUGGUUUGCAGUAUUCCGGAGGAUCUCCCGUUUGUGCUAAAAUCUUCUAUUGAAAAUUACUACCACUUAGAAACGGAGGGAGCACUGGAUAGAGAGAACAGAGCUGAGUACAACAUCACCAUCUCUGUCUCAGACCAGGGCACACCCAGGCUCACAACCCAGCACACCAUAACAGUGCAGGUGUCUGACAUCAACGACAACGCCCCGGCCUUCACCCAAACCUCCUACACCAUGUUUGUCCGCGAGAACAACAGCCCCGCCCUGCACAUAGGCACCAUCAGUGCCACAGACUCAGACUCAGGCUCCAAUGCCCACAUCACCUAUUCGCUGCUGCCGCCUCGAGACCCUCAGCUGGCCCUCGACUCGCUCAUUUCCAUCAAUGCUGACAACGGGCAGCUGUUCGCGCUCAGGGCGCUGGACUAUGAGGCGCUGCAGGCCUUCGAGUUCCACGUGGGUGCCACAGACCGAGGCUCACCCGCGCUCAGCAGCCAGGCACUGGUGCGCGUGGUGGUGCUGGACGACAAUGACAAUGCGCCCUUCGUGCUCUACCCGCUGCAGAAUGCCUCAGCGCCCUACACAGAGCUGCUGCCCAGGGCGGCAGAGCCUGGAUACCUGGUUACCAAGGUGGUAGCUGUGGACCGCGACUCUGGCCAGAAUGCCUGGCUGUCAUUCCAGCUGCUCAAGGCCACAGAGCCCGGGCUAUUUAGUGUGUGGGCCCACAAUGGUGAGGUGCGCACCACUAGGCUGUUGAGCGAGCGUGAUGUGCCCAAACACAGGUUGCUGCUGCUGGUCAAGGACAAUGGAGAUCCUCCGCGCUCUGCCAGCGUCAUGCUGCAAGUGCUACUAGUGGAUGGCUUCUCCCAGCCCUACCUGCCUCUGCCAGAAGUGGCGCGGGACUCCAUGCCGGAUGUUGACAACAUGCUCACGCUGUACCUGGUUAUUGCUUUGGCCUCUGUGUCUUCUCUCUUCCUCCUGUCUGUGAUGCUGUUUGUGGGAGUGAGGCUGUGCAGGAGAGCCAGGGCAGCCUCUCUGGGUGGUUGUUCUGUGCCUGAGGGACACUUUCCUGAUCAUCUCGUCGACAUUAGCGGUGCGGGAACUCUGUCUCAGAGCUACCAGUAUGAGGUGUGUCUGAUGGGAGGUAGUGGGACAAAUGAGUUCAGAUUCUUGAAGCCAGUUUCCCCCAAUUUAAAACCCCAGUUCCCUGGGAAAGAAAUGGAGGAAAGUCCUACUUUACGCAAUAGUUUUGGGUUAUUUAGUGACUGUAAUUGAUGCUGUAUUUCAUCUUGUGGCUAUUCCAUGAUAAUGUGUAUUUCUCCGAAUUUGCAUGAUCUUCAAAUCUAGUGUUUGCAUGUUAUGUCCCUCCUACUUUUCAAUUUAUGCCAACGCUUGUAAUAAGAUGGUAAGCCAUCUCUCUGAUAGCCAUUCUCUCUGAUGACCUAACUUGUAAAUAAUUUACCCCGCCCCUUUCCCAUAUGUCUUUUCCAGUUGAAAUAAACAGACCAUUUUAGGAGAAGUUAAAAAUUUCAAGCAUA